AUGCCGGUAACGAUUCCCAUCGGACCAUAUGGCAUCGUUUCCUUCACCACCGGCAUCACCAACACGGUUCAUCAGACGGCCCGUGCUAACGGAUUGGGCGGUGGCGUCCGGCUCGUCUGGUUUCGAUUCGCUAACCAAAAAGAAAACGCCUCUGCGACUGCGGAUCACCAACAAUCCAUCGAGCUGGAUCCGCAGUACUUUCUGGUGACUGAUUCCGGUAUAUCUGAAUCUUCCGAACCGCCAUCGUCGUUGUUGGUCUCCACUACUUCCCAGGCGACGCUAUCUUCCCUACAAACGCCACUCGUCUGCAAUAGUGUGCAGUGCCCAGUGGGCAGUGGAUCAGUGGGUACCGGAGGGGUGACGUGCACAACAGCAACCACGGCAGCGGCAGGAACGGUGCCCGGGAGUAUUGAAUUGGGUCACUCCCGUAAUUCGAGUAACACUAGUCAAAUGUCCAACGGUUCCGGUUACAGUAGUUUCUCCCACAGUCAACAUUCGCGGCAAAGCUCCGAAGGCGACUCUGGACAUCAAAGAAAUCCCGGUUCUAGUUCUAUUCCAAUGAGUGAAACGGGAUCCCUCGAUCGGAUGAAAUCUGCAGCGGAGCGUCGAAAGAAAGGUGCACUAGAAAGUAACAUCGGGACGAUACCGACCGUUUCCGGUCGAGUAGAAGGAACCCGUGUCAAUACCGGUUUGAUAAUUGACGAGUUGUUGAAAAACACCAAACUAGAUCAUUUGGAGGAAUCGGCGACCCUUGGCAGCCACGGGGUCAAAUCACGAAUGCCGGCCGGAGUAUUCAAGUUGUGAUGGAGAACCCGAGAUAGUAGCAACAGUAAAGCUGGCCAGUGUUGUUCAAGUAUUCCCGCACUCAUCACAGCCGCGAACUGCAUUAUUAUCUCCGAGUGUCGUGCUUUGCAUAUGCUUCCCAGUUGUUACAUUAAACAAGUGAUGUGAGAAAUGCAUCUAGUAUCGCAAGCAAAAUGUGAAUAAACUACUAAGUUCUGUUAAACGGCUCGGCGUUACUAAUUUUUUGUUGGAAAAGGUAG